AUGUCUAAAAAUAAAUGUAAACGUCACUAUUAUAAAGUUACUGCUAAAAGUAUUCGUCCUACGAUCAAUGAAGUAAAAGGAUGGAACUUCCAAGAACUUCGUAAAUUUUUGGAAUCGAGGGAUAUUAAAUAUGAAGAUAUUAAUAUCAUCGACAAACAAAAUGUCGAUGGUUCAUCCUUCCUUGGGCUGACCGCAGCAACACUUGAGAGGUGGGGAAUACUAGGUGGACCAGCUAUAAAGAUCAAAAAGUUGGUCAAGGAAAUUCAAGGAGGCAAGUAUAAAAAUAUACUUACUGCGAAAAGUACCCGUCCUACGAAAGAAGUAAACAAAUGGAGCUUCCAAGAAUUUCGUAAAUUUUUGGAAUCGAAAGACAUUAAAUAUGAAGAUAUAAACAUCAUCGACAAACAAAAUGUCGAUGGUUCAUUAUUCCUUGAGCUGACCGCAAAGACUCUUGAACGGUGGGGAAUAUUAGGUGGACCAGCUAUAAAAAUUGAAAAGCUGAUCAAGGAAUUUAAACGAGGGUUUACUGGGGAAAUAUUCCUUCUUGUCGAUCAUUCGAAUUUGCUCGAACAAGGGAAAGAAACUGUGAAGCGUGAUGAGAAUCUAGUUGACAAGCCAAAUCUGUACAUUGAAUACGAAAAACUUCGAAAAAUGAUAGUAAAAGGACGAAAGUUGGGUGGCCCUACAGAAAUAUUUUGCUCUCGUCAUUCUCAAAACCAUGAUGACAAGAAGUUCGAUAAGCUUUGGAAUAAACGUAGAAAACAAGGUUUUGUCGUUAACCUCAUUGAACAAAAACCGCACAAGACGAGAGAAAAAAAAGUAGACACUUCAUUAACUGUGCAAGGAAUGAAAAAAAUCUUGGAUGAUAGGGAUCCCGGAAUAUUGGCUAUAGUAGCAGGCGAUAGUGAUUACGUACCAUUAGUACAAAGUGCUCUGGAUAAAGGGUGGAAAGUUGAAAUAUGGUUCUGGUCAUCAGGAUUAUCUGGAGAAUAUAAACCUAAAUUAUCUAAUAAAUUUGGUAUAAACUAUAGCCUCCAUUUUCUGGAUGAUGAAUAUAAAAAAUUUACAUAUGCACGUAGUCCAGAAUCUUCUCGGGAAUUCACUUUUAAAAUCGAACAUAAAUGUGUUGAAAUUUUAAAAGAUGAAGAUGUGUUGAAAAUUUUCGUUGAUUUGGAUUUAUUUGGAUGGUGGCAUUGGAAUAAUAAUAAUCAUUUAUUUAUUUAUGUUAAUACAGGAAAACAGAAAGAAGAGGUAGAAAAGGUGUUUAAACGAUUUGAAGAAAAUGAAGAACACGAACAUUUAAAACUUCUAGUAGAAAUAUAUAAAAAUAAGCUUAGCGAAAAAUAA